CUCUCUCUCUCUCUCUCUCUCUCUCUCAUCCUGUCACCUGAUCAUGUCUGCUGCUGUUGCUGGUGGCGGUUCUCCCCGUGUACGCUGUGCUGCAGAAGGGGGAGCUAUGCCGUUACUGCCCAGGCUUGUAGACGCUUGAUUAAUCAUGAUGAAGACCGAAUCCCCUUCCGCAACAAGCACUGCAUCUAAUUCCACUUUGAGGAGCCCUUCUCCGCACAGAAACGAGUACGAGGCCGGGAUACAGGCACUCAAGCAGGGUAAAGAUGGCCUUAGCAACACUGCAAAUGGGGACGAAGCUCAGGGGUGCAAGCCCAAAAUCUCAUCCCGUGGCAGGGGAUAUGGCUCCAAUGUCCACCGGAUCAAAAAUAUGUUUCUGCAGAUGGCCGGGCCAGGUGAAGGGGGGGGACCUGUCGAAUGCGACGAUAGGUCGGUCCGGCUUUCCCUGCCAAGGGCCAGCAGCUUAAAUGAAAAUGUGGACCACAGCGCUCUGCUGAAGCUCGGGGCAACCGUUUCAGAGCGUGUUAACCGUUUUGACCCCAACAAGACAGCAGCGCAACAACGUCAGUCGUCGGGGUUCUCCCGGCUCCAGGAGACGCGUAAGUAUUUCGAGCAGCGGACCUUGCAAGAAAAACAAGCGGCCACCAACCGCAUUUUAUUAAAAAAAGAGCGGGCAGCGAGCUUUCAGGAUGGGAAGCUGGACGUGGUUGUGCGUUUCAACGGCAGCACGGAGUCACUGGACAGUUUAGACGCGGGGGGCGCAGGGGAAGCCGUCUCCCCUACUGUAAGUCAACUGAGCGCCGUGUUUGAGAAGGCCGAUCUCCGCAACAGCCUGCAUCGGCCUUGCACCUCACCCCUGCCCAGGGGAGCCAGCCCGCCAGCGGGAAAGGUGGCCAUGCUCAACUCCAAAAUCAUACCAAGAAGUCGCGAGUCUUUCCCCCCUGUGGCAGUGAGGAGGGCAGCCCUGUUGCAGGGAGCGGGCGACAGCGGAAGGGAAUGUGUCGGGACCCCUGGUAGCAGGGGCAAGCCAGCUGCUGACAAGAACGAAACCCCCCAGAACACAGGGACUGGAAGCAGAGUGGGAACCAGAUCAGAAGAGCAGGUCAAGAUUAAACCAGUGCAGGGGGAGGAGAGCAGGGAAAAUGAACCCGAGGAUCAGGGACCUGGUGCAGAGCCCUCAGGGGACACAGACACUGGAGGAGAAGCCAGUGUUGGGCCCAAUAGCGCCCCAGAAGGUGGCAGCAGGCAAGUACAGGCUGAGGUGCAUGUCUCUUUGGAGAAUGUAGGAGAAUCCCCACCUGCAGAACCCAACUCUGCAGAACCCAACUCUGCAGCCCCAGAGAUUCUGGGGCAAAGGGGGGAGGAGGAGGGGGGCCUAGGGGACUCCCCGCAGGGAGGGGAGGGGGAUUUCAAUGGGAGGGGGGAUGAAUCCCGCAGGGAGGAUUACUCCGAGGGGGACCUGGUGGAUAUCAGCGCCUACAGCGGGAUUGGGGAAGACUCGGGGGGCAGUCAGCUGGAUGAUGAUGAGGAGGAAGAGGAGCCCUACGAGCCAGAGUCGAGCUGCUCUGAGAUGCCAGGUCUCCCGCCUGAGGAAGACGAGCCCCCUCCCAGUCGUAAGAUCCGCUUCAGCACGGGGCCAAUCAAGGUGUUCACCACUUACUGCAACGAGGACUACGACCGGCGAAACGAUGAUGUGGAUCCCAUGGCUGCCUCAGCUGAGUACGAGCUGGAGAAGAGGGUGGAGAGGCUGGACUUGUUCCCCGUGGAGCUGGAGAAAGAAGGAGAUGGUCUUGGGAUCAGUAUCAUUGGGAUGGGGGCCGGUGCUGACAUGGGCCUGGAGAAACUGGGCAUCUUCGUGAAGACGGUGACUGAGGGAGGGGCCGCUCACCGGGACGGCAGGAUCCAAGUUAACGAUCUCAUCGUGGAGGUGGAUGGAACCAGCCUGGUUGGAGUCACUCAGAGCUUCGCCGCGUCUGUCUUGAGGAACACCAAGGGCCAAGUUAGGUUCCUGAUUGGCCGGGAGAAGCCGGGGGAGCAGAGUGAAGUGGCCCAGCUGAUUCAGCAGACCUUGGAGCAGGAACGCUGGCAGAGAGAGAUGAUGGAGCAGCGUUACGCCCAGUAUGUGGAGGAUGAGGACGAGACCGGGGAGUACGCAACAGAUGAGGAGGAUGAGAUGAGUCCCAUGUUCCCAAGUGCGGAAAUGGUCAUUGAGGUGUUUGAUCUGGCUGAGAGUGAGGACAUGCUCUCCCCUAUAGAGCUGGAUCCAGAGAAACUGGCCCACAAGUUCAAAGAGCUCCAGAUUAAACAUGCUGUCACUGAGGCUGAAAUACAACAACUUAAAAGAAAGCUGGCGUCGACGGAACAGGAGAAGGUGCGCUGGCGGAUGGAGAAGGCCCAGCUGGAGCAGAGUGUGGCUGAUAAUAAGGAGCGCAUGGAGAAGCUGGAGGGAUACUGGAUGGAGGCCCAGACGCUGUGCCAGGCUGUGGAUGAGCAUCUCAAAGAGACCCAGGCCCAAUACCAGACCCUGGAGCGCAAGUACAGCAAGGCCAAGCGCCUCAUCAAAGAGUACCAGCAGAAGGAAAUCGAGUUCCUGAAGAAGGAGACUGCCCAGAGGAGAGCUUUGGAGGAAUCGGAAGCCGCACACAAAGAAGAAAGCGACACGCUGCAGGAAAAGAUCACAGACCUAGAAGCCAAACUGGAAUCAAUGAGAGCUCCAAUACAACGCCUCCCUAAAACAAAACAACAACAAAAUAGGACAUACUGUUUUGCGCAAUACAGUGGGACUUUGAGAUGCGGUUUCCUUUCAUUGACACGCUUGUGUCUUAGUCUCAGCUGCAUCAUGUCUUCCAAAAAGGCAGAAGAGUCAGAGAAUGUCUUUGAUUUAAAUGAGGCAGUUCCGGAGACCAAGCUCCUGGACAGCAGCCUGCAGAAAGCUCGUGCCCAGCUCUCCGUCAAAGCCAAGAGGCAGCGUCCAUCCCGCUCCAGACUGCGGGACAGCGUGAGCUCCACUGAGGGAGACGAGAGCCUGGACAGAAGGUCAUCCGAUAGCUACGGCAGCCCCCUGCACAGCAUACGCUCCCCAUUUCACACUAUCCUGCGGGGGUCCCCGGACUCCCUCCUCUCCCCGUCCUCCUCCCCUCUCCUGAGGGGCGCCACCUUCUCCUUCGAUACCCCUGUGGUGCGACGGACCCUGGAGGACGCAGAGCCCACCCCCUCAGCCCCCCGCGCUCGUUACCAGCCCCUCACGAACGCAACGUCCCAGGAGGCCCUGGACUCCCCGCCCACCCGCUCCCCCUCUAAGUCCUGCCCCAGCUCAGACAGCUCGCCCAUCUACCUGCGCAGGGAGCAACGCACCGAGAGCGAAGAUGACAGCAGGGACACGAGCCCAGCAGGUCCUGGGAGCCCCACUGUGGUACUGGACAAGAAGACCAGGCGGAGAUUCCUGGACCUUGGGGUCACUCUGUGCAGGUCCUAUGGGAAGGGUAGAAAGGAGAAGACCUCCAACAGGCUCUCUGCGGGAAACCGGGAGCCCUCGGAAAGUCCCCCCAGGUCGUCGGGGUCACUGUUCGUGCCUUUCUCCUGGUUCACCGACAGCACAAAGGGCUCUGCAUCAUCCAGCAGCACCCCAUCCUGCUCCCCGAAGAACAUCUCUGAGGGCUGCAGGCCUCGCAAGUCUAACUCCCAGGAAUCUACACUAAGCGAUGACUUUUGUCCCGGGAGCCCCCAAGCUUCUAGGAGCUUGGCGGCCGAGUCAAAAUCCUUGCACCCCUACCAGACCCUCUCCCAGUCCCCCGACGAGCUCCUGGAUGAGCCGGUUUGCUUGGUGUCAGCAUGGACCCCCCAGCAGGUGUGUCAGUGGCUGAAAGGGUUAAACAUGGAGCAGUACAUCCCAGAAUUCACUGCCAAGGACAUCGACGGGGAACAGCUACUGCAGCUGGACGGGGGCAGGCUGAAGGGCCUGGGGGUGUCCAACUCUACAGACCGCUCCCUCCUGAAGAGGAGGCUCAAGGACAUGCAGGGAGCUGCGGAGAAGGAGCGCAAAGCUCUGGACAAGCUGGAGCGACAGAAAGAGAAGCAGCGCUGGAGAGACCCGGGGCAGAGGAGGAGCUAGGCAGAGCCAUCAGCCCCAGGACCCAGGGCAUGGCGAUCAGGAAUCAGGCAGCCAGGCAGCAGGGACGCCUCCUGGUGAAACCCGGCACGUCCGAGCAAGAGCCAGCAUGGUAGGGGGCUCAAGGGUCCGGGGGACCCAGUGAGACUUUUCUAGUGUAGGAGAGCAUGUCUGUGGCAGUGGUGCAUCACUACGGUUGACAUACAAACCAAGCAAUGCAUGGGGGGGUGGGGAUAGUUUAAUAUGCAGUGUGUUUAAAUUCAUUAUGAAAAAUAGUUUUUUUUAACCAUGACUGUAAAUCAGGGUUUGGCCUACUUCAGCGCCAGACUGCGGUCUAUAAGACUAUCAUUUUAGAACUUCCUCUGGGAACUGCUUCAUUAUUUUUUUUAUUUAUUUUCUAUUUCCUAAAAUGACACACACACAAACACACACGACCUUGAUUUAAUGUCCUGUGCAGUUUCCACUAGAUGGCGCAGGUUGCCUAGAAACAGAACACUCUGAGGACCUCAUCAACUAAGCAGUGGUAAUUUGGCCAGAAUUGUGGGAUGAAAAUUGAACUGAAUGAAUUGUAUACAUAAUAGCUGCAAUGGUAAUAUUGUACAUUAGGUAUCAUCCAACUGUUUAUUCGGAGUCUUUACAAGUGCUGUCAUAUUCCAAUUUUUUGUUUUCAUAUUUUCAACAACAGGACAUUCCAACUGAGGACUAGUUAUGGAUGGACCAUUUCUUUGCCACAAUGCUAUUUUAUAGGAGUACUUGGCUUGCAAGUGUUAGACACAGGCCAUUACUGAUGUAGGAAGUGAACCUAUAUUAUUGUGGCAGAAAAUGUUGGUCUAUAUUUUCCACUAUGGGCAGAUUGCAGGAAAAUUAAACGAGUGUAUGACAUCUGGAUAAUAAAGUGAAGAAACCGAGAGAAUAUCUUCCUGCAAAAUGAGAUUAUAUUAAUCCAUGAUUAUUAUGAGCCAAAUAAUAUAGUCUUUUCAACAUAAAUGAUGACAAGAAAUGUACAGAAUAACUUGGUGCUUGGCCAUACUACUGUACACUGUUAUUAUAUUUAAAAAAAUAUAUAAAUCCACUAAAGAGAGUUCUUAGCUAUAUCGAAACAUUCUUUGAAAAGAAAACUGGUCUUCCUCAUAUGCUUAAUAGUUUUCAAAUUAUUUUCUUAACUGCAUUUAUUUACAUUGCUUUGUUGGUUCACGCAACAGUAAUUACAAGCCAUCACUCUUUGAAGGAUGUCACCCACAGUGUUACAAUGGACAGUGUCUUCCCAUAGAGCAGAGCUUCCCAGCCCUGGUCCUCGGGACACCCCCUGUGUCUGCUGGUUUUCAUUCCAACUGAGCUCUCAAUUACUUAACUAGACCCUUCAUUGAACUGAUCAUUUGCUUAAUUAGACCUUUUUUUACUUGUUUUCAGCUUGUAAACAAUUGCAGAUGUCAAGUUAGCUAUAACAUUUUAUAAGCAACUUGAAAUCUGCAUAUUAUUAGGAGCUGAGAACAAUUAAAGAGGUCUAAUUAAGCAAAUUAUUACUGUAAAGCCAUAAAUAUUUGGCAAAUCACACUCAUAAAACCUAUUUUGCUCCAAAAAUGUUGGCGACCUGUUGCAAUAUGCGAAGUAUGUAUUGUUAGUGGAAUUUGAUUUCGUGCCAAAAUGUUUGAGUUUUUUUUUUUCAUAAGCGAAAAACGCAUAAGAGGCUUGCAAAUAUUUAUGGCUUUACAGUAGUUCAAUUAAGGGUGUAGUUAAGUAAUUGAGAGCUCAGUUGGAAUGAAAACCAGAAGACACAGGGGGUCCCCAGGACCAGGGUUGGGACGCCUUGCCAUAGAGCCUAGGCUGUGUAUCUUUGCCUAUGUCUCGGUCAUUACCCCCUCUCUUCCAAAUAGUGAACAUGAACAGGACAGUCUUUCUCACGUUGUAUUUCUGUGAGUGAGAUAUUCAGCUUUCAUCGUCUGCAACUCAGAUGUACAAGAAAUAUUACUCUCCUAAUAAAAGUUUAUCAAAAAC